ACUAUUACUAGACCCUUCAAGGUAAGUUUUAAACAUUCUAUUUAUUUUUCAUUUUAUUAUUCAUUACAUGAAAUUAUGUUACAAAGUCCCAAACCACACGUAAUCACUAGUAUAUUGUUACAAAGCAGUAAAUAUUAUUAAAAUAAAUAUCUUGAACGGAAUUCGAUUGAAAAUGAAAUCAAUAUUAACUAAACGAUUACUCCUGUCACGACUAUAAUUUCGUUGUUAUAAAAUGUACAUUAAUAAUAACGUUAAAUCAGAAUGUCAAUGCAUUGAUAUUCAACUGAAACAAUUGUAUUAUUUAUAUAGUUGUGUGAUUAGAAAAUUCCUAUAAAUGGAAGCGUGCGUCUCAAGUUUCGUCUAUAGUCUAUACUAAAAAGCACCCUCUAUCACGUACGCGCACUGCGCCACGACCUUUAAUGGGCGCAGCUUCCCUGGAACCCAAUUACUCCCUCAACUUCGGAUAGAAACCGUCUCCGCUUGAUCCUUCUAGCUGAACGAUAUUUUCUCAAUUUUUCUACAGUGAAUAAACCGAUACAUGGUUUGGUGAAUAAAUCAGCAAAGUAUAAUUCGAUAAAUUGCGUGACGUUCGAAGCGGGAACUUAAUUAAAAAAAUUAUUUGUAUCGAACAAAAAUAUAUACGUGUACGAGAAACGCGAGCUGUGUUUACCCUGGUGUUCGUCGUUUGGAACAGUUCCAUGUUUUCUUGAAUCGUUUCUAAAUGUUUCCUCGGCGUCUAUUGAGGGUGAUGCUCGGAAGACUGUACGAUGUCCCGUAAAUGGUAUUUGUUGAAGAAAUCAAAAGAAGUGUGAAGAGUUCGAGACCUCUUUAAUUAGGUACUAGGUUUUUCGGCUUUGUCUGCUGGGAUUAAUCUUAACAGUGUAUGCUGGAUCUACGAUGAUCAUGUAUACAGUCGCGGAAGAUCACAUGGGCGAUACUGAAAUCGCACAGGUGAUAGCAUUCAUAUGUGGAAUAAUAGUAAUAUUAUUGAUGAUAAUGGGCUUAGCCUCUACAGACUGGUUAAUGGCAUUAGGAUGGAGACAAGGUCUAUUUGCACAUUGCAUUGAAGAAGCAGCACCUACACCUUUACCAUUUAACGUACCAGAUUCAGCAGGCUGUUUUCAAGCUAGGGAUGUUGCUUAUAUAAAAGCAGCUGCUGCCUUAUGUGUUGUAUGUCUAAUAACAGAUAUUGCAGCAACAAUCUUGACUGGUCUUGGUUUGAGGUCACAAGAUAAUCGUGACAAACACAAAUAUUAUAGAUUUGCAGUUUUCUGCAUGGGAUUUGCAUGAAACCGACCAAUGUGGGAAUUUGGUUGGGCAUAUGGAGUGGGUUGGGGUGCAGCUAUAUUUUUGUUUGGUGGAGCAGUGUUGUUACUAUGCGAUAAGGAAAGCGAAGAAAUUUACUAUAAAGAAAGAAAAAUCGUUCGCGAUGAUAUCGGCGGCGGCGGCGGUGGUUCUAUGAUUGGUAUGGGACAUCAUGGUGGACGAAGUGGGACGCAAUUAGCCUAGUGGCAUUGCUCCCUGCCCGACGUUGUUCUCUAGGUGAUUAAUUUCUUCUUUUUCUGUCCUCACCAUUUGAUACAUUUGUGGAAAAAAACGUACACAUGUAUAAGAGUGAAUGGUUUUUAUAUAUAGUCUAUCUAUUACACCAGCAUGUAUUGGACAUAAUUAUCACUUUGAUAUAGGAUGUACGAAACAUCUUAUCAACGAAAAUAAGGUUCGUAAACGACUGAAACUUGAUUAAUUCGUUCGUGGGUUACCAAUUUCCAAUUUCACAUAGUAACAAUUUCGGGACCAUUGCUCCAUUUAGUUUAUUACAACAUUACAUUUUAUGUAUAUUAUGUAACUACAAAUAUUUUUUAUGUAGUAUAUUUACAUUUUUUUUUAAAUUUGUUAAUUAACUUUUUAUACUAUUAUUACAAUGAUAGCAUUCAUGCUGCAUUUUUUUACUUAUGAAACAUUAUACAAAGUCGCAAUUAAUUUUGUUUAUUUAGAGUAAAUUCGUUUCAUUUAAUUAUUAAAAUGAUUUUAAGGUUUUAAUUUCAUUCAAUUAUCAUUUAGAAUUUUUCAUAGUUCAAUUUUUAUUGUGCCUGUAUCAAUUAUACUGUUGGUUAAGACCAGGAAAAAUCAUUUGUUUUCAAUACUGAAAAUGAUUUUUAUCGUUCGAAAAUAGUAAACAAUACCGAAGUACUUAAAUAAAAUUUUAUAUUUCUUUAUUAAGAAAGUAAAGACUUAGACAAAAAUUUCCGUAAUAAAAAGUUAAAAAAUGUACGAAUAAUUAAUAUGAUCAUAAAAUCAGACACUGCCUGAUCUUUAGUCAAAUUACGCGUAAAAGAAAAUCAUUAUUUUUAUUUUUAUAAAAAAAUUGCAGCUUUGAUUUAAUUACUAUUUAUUAUGUUUAUUUCCUAUAUAUAGCGUAUGUACAUAUACAUACAUAUGUAUAUAUAUAUUAGAUGCUAGUAAUUUAUUNCAAAUGAUUUAUAUUAUCAAGGCGUUUACCAAUAAUAUUUUGAUAUAAUAUUAUUUUCGUAUAUAAUACUUUGCAAUAAAAUUUGGCCAAAAAUUGUUUUAGGCAAUAUAUUUUGUGAUUACAUAUACGCACAAAACUAAUUUUCUGUGUUUUGGAAAAAAGUAGCAUUUAUAAAAAAAAAAUCGCAUGCUUGGGCUCACUGUCGAUAAGUAUAAAUUCUGAAAAUUUUUGUUAUUGAUUUAAGAUAUUUUGAAAUAACAAUUAAUUACACAAUUAUGUAAUUUUCCAUCGUAUAAUCAUAAUUUAAUGACUAAAUUACUAUUAAUUUUUAUAUAUAUCAUUUUCGUGAUUUUUAUACACAUUAUCCCAAAGUCUUCCUCUGUUAAUAAAAGUGCAAAUGUUUUUCUAUUAUAAAACAUACAAAUGCUACCUCUAGUAAUUUUUAUUUUUCAAGUACAAUUAUUUGAAUUAUAAAUUUUAUUUCAAAUAGAUGAAAGAAAACGAAAGUAUAAUUCUUCCAAAAUUAAUAUAUUGUAUUUGAUUUAAUUAUAAAGGAUAUCUUUAGUUGCUUAUCUUGUCUAAUUGUAGGACAAAAAUAUGUAAAUGUUUAUUUGCAUAAAUAGUUUAGUUCUAUAUUAAUAAUAAUUAUAGCGAUUAAUUUAAACGAAGAAAAUUAUUAAGUUGAACAAAUAAUAUCUAUUCUUUGUUAAUAUGUAAAUUUGAUAAAAUAUUCCAAACGAUAUGUGUAAAUUGAACAAAUUACAAGGCUGGUAUGGAUUGUUACAAUAAUCUGUAUAAAUAUUUCAGUAUUUUUAUUAUGUUUUACUUUUAUUUAAGAGGAAAGAUUAGUAUGCGUCGUCGUAUUGAGGGUAAUCAUAUUUAAAUUAUACCAUUUACCAAGCAUGUAUGCAAUGUGAGAGCUGACAUAUGUAUGUACGCGUCAUAAGUUUCUAAUGAUGUUUUCAAUAUUACAGAAAUGAAUGAAUGAAAAAAAAAAAGAAACAAAGAAAACAGUAAUAUUGAAAAUUCAUUGAACUGGAUAAAAACAAAUUUCUAGCAGUAUUAUGUGUUUCGUAGUAACUCUUAAUUGGUAACCAUAUCUUUCUUUCUAUUUGAUUUGAAUCAAAUGAAUAUUCAUAAUUUUCAUCCACCGUCUGUAAGGAGGAGUUUUAACUUCCCCAUAAAUCAAAUAUAUUUUAAGUUAAAGACAGCACCAAAUAUUUAAGUGUGCGACAGAAUAGAGGCAGCUCGGGCAGGUAUUAUCUAUUAUGUUAUCUGCAUUACAUACGUGUACGUAUAUGUAUAUAUAGGUAUUUUAUAAAUACAUGUAAUAGAAUGAUACAGUUCCAGUUAUCGCUAUAGCCGAUACUCUUAAUGAAAAGGGAAAAAAAAAGAAGAAAGGUUUGA